AUGGCUGACGACGAUAGAACAUUGGAAACUACAAAUUUAAAGUCUUCAUUUGAUGUAAUGCCUGAAGACGAUUAUAUUAUUCCACCAAUGACUCGCAAACUAAUUAGUGUAAAAAACACUAAUAACUAUCCAUACAAUUCUAUAGGAGAAGUGCAAAAAAAUUUGGCUAUUGAAGAUAAAAAAAUUAUAUUUAGUGUAAGUAACAACUCAAAUGUCAACCCAUUGAUACUAACAAAACAUCAAUUAAUUGGAACGUAUAAUAUCAACUUUUUGAGAACCGUUGAUGAACGCACUAUUGAGGCACUAAAAUCCAAUUACCCCGUUUAUAUGAUUAGUGCUGAAAAAAGACUUAUUGUAAACAUUGAAUUUGGAUCACUUUUACCAGUGAGAGAAACAUAUGGAUCAGCUGGUUUGGAUUUGUUUUCUGUUGAUGACAUUUCAAUUUUACCUGAUACGAGAUCAUUGGUUUCUACUGGAUUACGAGUACAACUACCGAAAAAUACAUUUGGACAUAUUUUACCAAGAUCAUCAUUGGCUUUAAAGGGCAUCGAUAUCGGCGCUGGUGUAAUCGACAACGAUUUUACUGGUACAAUAAAAGUAUUGAUGAUAAACAAUAGCAAACAACAGUAUGAAGUUACAAAAGGACAAAAAAUUGCACAACUUGUUGUUAUGGACUGGAAGUAUUUGGUUCCCUAUUGUGGCAAAAUUACUGAAACCAUAAGAAAUACUGAUGGCUUUGGAUCUACUGACAUUAACUAA